CCGCCCACCUGCAUGCAGCUGUGGAAGAACAAGCCCAGACACGUCUCUUCACGGAGCCCAAGGAAACACUUUACCGGACUCAUAUGGGAUGGCCCUGUAAGUUGUGCAGCACUGUAGUACCAACCAAGAGUGAUUUUUUAAAGCAUUACAGACUGCACCAUGGGACCUUUGGACACAGCCAUGCCUUCCCUUGCUUUCAUAUAGGUUGCCCAUGCAUGCCCUUUUAAAUGCUGGAGUUCCCUUCACUCUCAUCUGUCAAGAUACCACCCAGAAGUCAAAUUCCUCAACUCACCUCAAGUAAGUCCUUCAUUCACCUGCCCUCUGUGUAAAAGGACUGUGCCAGGAGCAUCAAUGAUAUGAUGGCCAGAACGUAUACAGUUGGGGUGGCAGAAUUUAAGGAAAGAUGGCCUCCCCUCUUCGAACCAUUCCAGAUUAAUGAAGAGUUGCAAAGGUGCACUGCUGUUCCACUGGAAUCAACAUUUAUGUCCCAGCUGGACAGGUACACUCCGAAACUCCUGGAGCUCUUCAGUGCAAAAGGAGGAGUGACUGGUCAGCGCAUCAAGAACUUGUUGAUGGAACUGAUACAGGACCCAAGUGCCUCUGCAGUGAUGAAGAGAGAUGUGACUCUGAGAUGCCUCAUAGAGUACACGGGAGAGAGUGGACAGGAGCUAAUCUCUGACUACUGUGGAACUGCAGAGACCACUGUUCAUGAGGACCUGGAAAUGAAGAAUAUGAGCAUCUACAUCUGUCGUGAGCCAAAUGCAGUAGGAAUCAUCAUUGAGGGAGUACCAGUCCUUACUCAUCUUGGAAACCUGGCCAAAGCAUGCUGCCUACUUCUGGGGUUGACGUAUGCACUUAAUCUGGAGUAUCCAUCCAAACUUUCCAAAACAUUUGAGGUGUUUCAAAGACUUUUUGUGGGACUCGACACCAGGGAUGAUACUCGAAACCGGUUUUCCCGGUUGUUUGAUAAGAAAAGAACCGAGUCCUCGGACUCGAAUCCCUUUUUGAGAACCGGUACCCGUUAUCGAGACCACUAUAGUAAAGGAAAAGAGUUGAUUCUUUAUUCGAAUCCCGUCCCGACCAGAAAUGCUCCGUGGGACAUCACAAGAAAUGAUGUCAUGUAGCUCAGUCGUUAGGAGCAGAUAGCGAAAGCAGGAAAACAAUGGACGGGAAAAAGCGCUCCAAGGUGUAAUAAAGUUCAAAACAAAAGCUAUAAUCCAUCGAAUAACUUUACUGAGAGAUUUUAGCAGGGUAAAACACAUGACGAACACUUUUACGACCAACCGGAAACAUAGCAACCAGGCUAGCAACGCACCUCCUUUACGGCAGCUGUCGCAACGUUCUUAAAACAACCGCAGCACAUACAUAUAUAUACAACAUAUCUCCCUUUUUUAACUUUUGUUUUUCUUUCCUUGUAAACUAAACAAAAUCACACUGUAGAUGUGUUGUCUGUCUAAUUAUAAAUAAUGCAGACGAGGCGUGUUGGCUGAGUUCUUGACGUUUACUUUCACAGCGUGGCAACAUGCAACACUUUUCGGGGCUACCGCGCAUGUUCGUAACUCCCGUUGCAUGCUGGGUAGUGUAGUUGUUAUAUUCUCUAGCUCAUAACAUUUUUCCCCCUAUAAAGAAAUAAUGUUAACUCAAUAAAGUGUAUUUCUUUUUUUAGCUUUAACUUUUCAUUUUUUAGCAUUGUAACCACAUUUGCAAACAACUUUUCUCUUCAUAGAAUUGUCUUUCAAUAAAGAAAUAAAGUGCAAAAAUGUCAAAGCAUCAUAACAAACGGUUAUGUCAAAUAGCAGCAGAAGUGCACUUUUUGGAGAGCUGUAUUAUUUUCAGUUUUGUGCCCAAGGGACUGAUUUUAUUUAACACUAUAUUAUUAUUUAUACACCUAUAGUGAUCACAGAGACAGGUUGUUUUUGUGUUACUGUAUAUAUUUGUUUUUCUGAAAAAUCCCACUUAAUAUACUUUGGGUAACAACAGUCAAUAUUUAUUUAUUUUAUUUUAUUUUUUUAGGUGGGUAACAGUCAAUAUUUAUUUAUUUAUUAGAUUUUAUUUUUUUAUUAUACAAUAAAAGUGAGCUUUUGUUAAACCAAAUAUUGUGUGGUUUUUUCCAUAUACAGCAACCUAUCUGGACUCGAUAAGAGAAUCGAUAAGGAAUCGGUUCGAUAAGAGGAUUCGAUAAUAGGCUCGAACUCGAUAAUUCCUUGUCAAACAUCAUCCCUACUCGACACACUGCGCCCAAAACCAACCCCCAAAUUCAUGACUCUCAAAAACAAGCUUCUAGCUUAGGCAGUGAGCCAUGACUGGCAGCUUGCACUUUUGAACAGCUAUUUUCUUGUCUGUUCAAAAUCAUUAUACAUUGUUCAUUGAGUGGAAUUCUUCACAAUGUUGUAACGGUUUGUCCUGUUCAGGUUUUAUACAAAGCUCCAGGUCAUCGUUUCUGGUGUGUGUAAAUUAAGUUUUUUUUUAUGUUUUAUACACACCAAAUUGCCCCACUGUGAAGCUCCAGCUGGUCAGAAGGAGGGAUCUGUGAGUUGUUUAAGUUAAAAUGUUUCAAAAUAUACACACUGAAAGACACUAUGGUGAAGGUGUUCUGCUUGUGAAUUGUUACAGAAGUACAGAUAAUCUUAUUGUUAAAUUGUUUUAGCAAGAAACUACUGUGAAUGUUCAAAGUAAAACUUGAGAUGCUGAGGUCAUGCAUUCUUUUAUGCACUAAAUAAGUGAAGUGAAUUACAUUUAUAUAGCGCUUUUUCUCAAGUGACUCAAAGCGCUUUACAUAGUGAAAGCCAAUAUCUAAGUUACAUUUUAAACCAGUGUGGGUGGCACUGGGAGCAGGUGGGUAAAGUGUCUUGCCCAAGGACACAACGGCAGUGACUGGGAUGGCGGAAGCGGGGAUCGAACCUGCAACCCUCAAGUUGCUGGCACGGCCGCUCUACCGACCGAGCUAUACCAUAUACUGAUGUUCUUGACUGUUAAUACUCUCCAGCUUAUUGACACGGUUUGGAUAUGGCUUGUGAAAAUGUUUUAAUAAUAUGUAUACGGUUAAAAAAAGAAAACUACUGUGAAGGUGUUCUAUACAGCACUUUAAAAAGUUGAGGUCAUGCAUUCUAUGCACUAAAUAUGGAUGUUGACUGUUCAUACUGUCCAGCUCAUUGCCACUGUUUUUAUAUGGUAAUGAUUUA